GUGUCUAUCGUCUGUUCGUGUACAUACGAGUCUGCUUGUUUGUAGAAGUUAUUAGACCAGACGGGGCGUAGAAACUGGGCGCGGCUUGGAGGAGAACGGGCGAAUUCACCACAGAAAGAAAGAUAAAAGAAACUGAACAACAUGGCUGAAGUGCCUGUCAGAGGACUUCGCAAGGCGAAGGAGUAUGACUGGAAGGACUCGAACCUCGCACUCUUCGGAUCGGAUGUCGAGAAGAACAUCAAGAAAGAGUCGGCUAAAACCGAACCGGCUUGGGAGAAUGCCGGGUCAAAGGUCGGCCUGGAGAUUUGGAGGAUCGUCAAGUUCAAGGUCAAGCGUUGGCCCAAGGAGGAGAAGGGUUCCUUCUUCAGCGGGGAUUCCUAUAUCAUCCUCAAUACAUACAAAAAGCCCGAUUCGAAGAGCGAGGAGCUUCUCUAUGAUGUUCACUUCUGGAUCGGCAAACACUCCACUCAGGAUGAGUACGGGACCGCAGCCUAUAAGACCGUCGAGCUCGAUCACUUCCUCGACGACAAGCCCGUCCAGCACAGGGAGGUCAUGGAUUACGAGUCCGAUCUCUUCAAAACCUACUUCGACACCAUCACGUUGAUGGAAGGUGGAGCUGACUCUGGUUUCCGUCACGUGGAUCCCAAGAAGUACGAGCCACGUCUACUCCAUUUCAAAGGAGACCGCAAACGCGUCAACUUGCACGAGCGCCCGAUGUCUAGGAAGUCUCUGAAAAGUGGUGAUGUCUUCAUUCUGGAUCUGGGUCUUAAGCUCUACCAGUGGAACGGAUCUAAGAGCAACAAGGAUGAACGAACAAAGGCUGUUCAGUACCUCUCCCAACUCAAGGAGAUCCGUGGUAAGGCCAAGAGCGAAACCGUGGAUGAAAACCGUCUUAGUGAUGCUCAUCCCUUCUUUACACACCUCCCCGACGUACCCGUAGACGAAGUGGAUUGCGUUCCCGUGGAUAACUCCCUGCCGACAAUGUUCAGGCUCCAGAAUACUGGCCAGCUGACAUUCACAAAGGUUGCUGAGGGAAUCCCAUUGAAGAAAGAAAAACUUGACUCCAACGAUGUGUUCAUCGUUGAUACACGCAAGGAUUGCUUCGUAUGGAUUGGAAAGGGUGCUGACCAGGUCGAACGCCGUAAUGCAUUUGGCUACGCCCAUAACUACUUGAUGAAGUGUCCACAUCCCUUCAUCCCUAUCACCGCAAUUCAGGAGGGGCAGACCAACGCCGCAUUCGAGGCCGCCCUCGCUUAAAUUAUGCUCACAGUCAUGGCGUAGCGUGGCGUAGCGUAGCGUAGCAUCAGUAUUUUCCUCGUGAAUUAUUCAAAAAGGGCUGAGUUACCCUUCUUAAAUAAUUUACGUUUUUAAGAUGUAUUACUCGUUCUAUUUUGCAGCUCAAUCAGUUAAAGAUAACACUCAUUUCAAAGUAAUGUUUUUUCAUGCUACUGGAAAAGACUCCUUGCUUUCAAUUUAAGAUAGGUAAGGGUGAUAAGAAAUUGCAAUUAAACAAAGCAGUCAAAGAUGUAAGAAAAGGAUAUUAAGGAAGACUGAGAAAAAGAAAGAUAAUGGAACGGAAAUUGAGAGAAAUGAAAACAAAUAAAAGAUUGGUUAUGAUAAUGGAAUGAAGAUGCAAACAAAACGAAGAAGAAGAAGAAGAAGAAUUAAAAGAAUACGAAGAAGAAGGAUGUAACGAAAGGGAGUUCGACAAAUGUGUGGAAAAUGAAGAGAGAAAGCAAGUCCAACAGAUGAAGGGCUGAAAAUUAAGAGGAAACAAAGAAGGACAACACAUUAAAUCUCGUAUCAUCUUUCAGAAAUCUCACAACUAUAUAUUUUUUCUUUUUCUAUACUGUUUUUUGAAUAAAACCACUUACGCUACGUCACUUAAAUCCUGUCUAAUUAAGUACAGUGACCUUAUCAUUUGUAUUUUUACUACUUUGUUCAAUAUAUAUGUUUAUGUUAGGAGUAGUGCAACUUUUUGUUAUUUAACAUUCUUGACUUUUAAUGGAAAUUUAUUUAGUGUACAAUAUACGACUGUAUGUGAAGAUUUUGUAGAUUCACAUUUAAUAAUUUUUAGAUGAUUAUAGAGGAAAGUGUUGCAAUAGAAGGGUUUACCCAAACGCAGUUUGGUUAAAGCCAGGGUAAUGUAGGAAUUCCGUAGGCUCCUUGAAGAUGCGUAUUGUAAAUACAGGUAUUUUCAUAUUGAUAUCAUUGUUAUAAUACAUCUUAUGCAAAUUUUACCUCGAAUUUGAUGCCUUCUAGAUAAGAUUUUACGGUGAUUCUAUGACUGCAAUAAAUAAUGAUUCGUUCAUUCAUACCGAACGCGAGGUUUUUUAAUUAGCAAACUAAUGCGCGUGGCUAAGUCAGGGUGUAAAUGGUUAUCUAAAUUCACUUUAUGUUUGAACGUUAUUACAAGCAAAGAAAAUUGGGCGUUUGAGUAUCGUUUACUUAUCUGCCAUGGAUAUGGGUCAACAGAUUUGACGAGCCUAAACAUCAGGCAUUAUCUUGCAUAUAACUAGCAAGUAAAAUAGAACAUAAUUUGUUAGACCUCCUUUUACAAGAGGACAUGUUCUCUUGCCUCCUCCCAGGAUCCGUCACAGUAUAAUAAACUGAUAGUUCAUAUAGUUCAUAGGUGUACCUGUAGAUUAAAAUUAAUUGUUGUCAUUUUACAUCAACGUAUCUAAGGUAAA